CCGAGGGAAUCACUUUUGGUCCCAACACCACCGUGUCUCGUCUCUGCAGUGGCUAUUCUCGGUGAUAUGAGAGCUAAUAUAGACGAAUCCGUGUGCCAUAGGCGUCAGAUGUUCUUGCCAAAGCUGGAUCUCUAUGCAUUACUGUGAUCGGAGAAAAUAAACCGCAAGACAUCGUGGCGCUGCGUGGAAUUACAGCGGACACGAUGGGCACAUUGAAGCAGAUCCUGCUGCUUUUCGCAGGUUUUGUUGCCGCAGCUCACGGUCAAACUUGUGGUGGCUUGGUACAAGGUCUCAAUGGAACUAUAGAGAGUCCUGGCUUUCCUCAUGGCUACCCCAACUAUGCCAACUGUACGUGGAUCAUAGUCACUGGAGAGCGGAACAGGAUACAAUUGUCAUUUCACACCUUCGCUCUGGAGGAGGACUUUGACAUUGUCUCCAUCUAUGAUGGACAACCACAGCCGGGCAACCUGAAGAUGAGGUUGUCUGGGUUCAUGUUGCCAUCACCCAUCGUGAGUUCUGGGUCGAUUUUGGCGCUGUGGUUUACUACGGAUUUUGCAGUGAGUGCCCAAGGAUUUAAAGCAAUCUAUGAAGUUCUGCCAAGUCACACCUGUGGAAAUCCAGGGUUGAUACCGAGAGGGAUUAUCCAUGGGACCAGGUACAACGUCGGAGACAAGAUCCGCUACAGUUGUGUGAUGGGAUACGUUUUGGAGGGGCAUGCAGUGCUCACGUGCAUAGUGAGCCCAGGAAGUGGUGCAUCAUGGGAUUUCCCAGCACCAUUUUGUAGAGCUGAAGGAUCAUGUGGUGGGACGUUAAGAGGAACAACAGGGACAAUAUCAAGUCCCCACUUUCCUUCAGAGUAUGACAACAAUGCUGACUGCACGUGGAGUAUUCUGGCCGAGCCGGGAGACACCAUUGCCCUAGUCUUCACAGACUUCCAGCUAGAAGAUAGAUAUGACUUUCUAGAGAUCAGUGGCACAGAAGCACCGUCAAUAUGGCUGACUGGAAUGAAUUUGCCAUCCCCUGUCAUCAGUAGCAAGAAUUGGCUGCGGCUUCACUUCACGUCUGACAGCAACCAUCGGAGGAAAGGAUUUAGUGCCCAGUAUCAAGUGAAGAAGGCCAUCGAGCUGAAAUCCAGAGGGGUGAAAAUGCUCCCGAGCAAGGAUACAAGUCACAAAAAUGCAGUCUUAAGCCAAGGUGGGAUGGCUGCAGACAUUUGUCCAGAUCCGGGGAUUCCUGAGAAUGGGAAAAGAAUUGGCUCCAGCUUCCAGGUCGGAGCCAGCAUCCAGUUUUCCUGUGACGACAGCUACGUACUGCAGGGAUCAAAGAGCAUCACUUGCCAGAGAGUGACUGAGACCCUGGCGGCCUGGAGUGACCACAGGCCCAUCUGUCGGACUAGGACCUGUGGAUCUAAUCUGCGGGGCCCUAAAGGCAUCAUAACGUCUCCAAAUUACCCCGUCCAGUAUGAGAAUAACGCACACUGUGUGUGGGUCAUAACAGCGGUGGAUCCAGAGAAGGUCAUCAAGCUGGCUUUUGAAGAGUUUGAUCUAGAGCGAGCAUACGAUACAUUAACAGUGGGCGACGGAGGGAAGAUAGGUGAUGCUCGAAGAGUCCUUUAUGUCCUCACGGGAUCCAGCGUGCCCGAUUUGAUUGUGAGUAUGAGUAACCAGAUGUGGCUCCAUCUGCAGUCCGAUGACACGAUUGGAUCGCAAGGUUUCAAGGCUGUAUAUGAAGAAAUUGAGAAAGGUGGAUGUGGAGACCCAGGCGUCCCUGCAUAUGGAAAGCGAACUGGGGACCGUUUUUUACACGGUGAUGUGCUGACCUUUGAGUGUCAGGCUGCUUUUGAAUUGGUUGGCGAGAGGACAAUAUCGUGCCAGCAAAAUAACCAGUGGUCUGGAAACAAACCCAGCUGCGUCUUCUCCUGCUUCUUCAAUUUCACCACUCCGUCAGGCAUCAUCCUCUCGCCAAACUACCCAGAGGAAUACGGAAACAACAUGAACUGUGUGUGGCUCAUUAUAGCGGAGCCGGGCAAUCGGAUCCAUCUCAUUUUCAGUGAUUUUGAGUUGGAGCCCCAGUUUGACUAUCUUAUUGUGAAAGACGAUGGCAUGCCGGAACCCACCACUUUUGGAACGUUCUCUGGGAAGGAUGUACCAUCGCAGAUCGCCAGUAAUGGGCAUAUCAUGCGCUUGGAGUUCCAGUCGGACCACUCAAACACGGGAAAGGGGUUUAACAUCACCUACACAACUUUUGGUCAAAAUGAAUGUCACGACCCUGGUAUUCCCAUCAACGGGCAGCGCUUUGGAGAGCACUUCUUACUGGGCAGCUCAGUGCUCUUCACGUGUGAUGAGGGCUUCAUCAAAACCCACGGAUCCGAAUCCAUCACCUGUGUCAUCCAGGAUGGAAACGUGGUGUGGAAUGCGGCCGUCCCCCGGUGUGAAGCUCCAUGUGGCGGACAUCUAACGGCUCCCAUAGGAGUCUUACUGUCCCCUGGCUGGCCCGGGUACUACAAAGACUCCCUCAACUGCGAAUGGAUGAUUGAAGCCAGAAAGGAUCAUGCCAUCAAGAUAUCUUUUGCCAGGUUUCAGACGGAGGUUAAUUACGACACGCUGGAGGUUCGGGACGGGCCCUCCAACUCGUCGCCUCUGAUCGGCGAGUACCACGGCACUCAGGCCCCCCACUUCCUCAUCAGCACCGGCAAUUACAUGUACCUGCUCUUUACCACCGACAACAGUCGUUCCAGUGAAGGCUUCCAGAUCCGCUAUGAGAGCAUUAUGAUGGAAACAGAUUCCUGUUUAGAUCCAGGUAUCCCGGUGAAUGGGAAAAGGCACGGGAACAAUUUUGCCAUCGGCUCCAGAGUGACGUUCAGCUGUGAUCAAGGCUAUACUCUGAGUGAUGAUGAACCCAUUGUGUGUGAGAGGAACCAUCAGUGGAACCAUGCCCUGCCCAGCUGUGACGCUUUGUGUGGGGGCUUUAUCUAUGGAAAAACCGGAACGGUUCUUUCCCCUGGUUUUCCAGAUUUCUACCCAAACUCUCUGAACUGCACUUGGACAGUAGAAGUGUCUCAUGGGAAAGGAGUGCAGCUUCUCUUCCACACGUUCCACCUGGAGGACUCCCAUGAUUACCUGCUCAUUACCGAGGACGGCAGCUUCACAGAGCCAGUGGCCAGGCUCACAGGCUCCGUCCUGCCGCCCUCCAUCAAAGCAGGCCUGUUUGGCAACUUCAGCGUCCAGCUACGCUUCGUCUCGGACUUCUCCAUGUCAUACGAGGGAUUCAAUAUCACCUUCUCUGAGUACAGCUUGGAGCCAUGUGAGGAUCCGGGAGUACCCGCAUACAGCAGGAGGGUGGGCUUCCAGUUCGGGGUCGGCGACUCGCUGGUCUUUUCCUGCUUUGCGGGCUACCGUCUGGAAGGCGAGACUAAGAUCACUUGCUUGGGUGGAGGCCGGAGAGUGUGGAGUGCAGCCCUGCCCAGAUGUGUGGCUGAGUGUGGAGCCACUUCUGUGGGCAGUCAGGGUGUCCUGCUGUCCCCCAAUUACCCAGCAAAUUACGACAACAACCAUGAGUGCAUCUACUGCAUUGAGACCGACAGAGGCAAGGGGAUUCAAAUCACAGCCACCACCUUUCAGCUUCACGAGGGAGAUUUCCUCAAGGUUUAUGAUGGUCAAGAUAGUUCAUCAAGACUCCUGGGCAAUUUUACAAAAAACGACAUGUCUGAUGUCAUCCUCAACAGCACGUCCAACCAUCUCUGGAUGGAGUUUAACAGCAAUGGUACCGGUUCCAGCAAAGGAUUCAAGCUGUCGUACAGUAGUUUUGACCUUGUCAAAUGUGAGGAGCCGGGGACGCCUAAUUAUGGCUACAAAAUCCAAGACGAUGGCCAUUUUGCAGAUACAUACGUUUUGUACAGUUGCAAUCCUGGAUACACACUGCAUGGAAGCAGCACGCUGACGUGCCUCAGUGGAGACCGUAGGGUGUGGGGCAAACCACUUCCAUCUUGUAUUGUCUUUGACACGGAAGUGGACCAUGACAUUCUGAAGGUUUGGGAUGGACCAGCGGAGAGUGGCAUUCUGCUGAAAGAGUGGAGUGGAUCGCUUUUACCCGAGGACACUCACAGUACCUUCAACAUCCUCACGCUUCAGUUUGACAGCGAUUACUUCAUUAGCAAGUCUGGUUUCUCCAUCCAGUUCUCUACUACAGUUGCCACGACCUGCAAUGACCCAGGGACCCCUCAAAAUGGGACACGCUACGGAGACAGCAGGGAGCCUGGCGACACCAUUUCCUUUCAGUGUGACCCUGGGUACCAGAUUCAAGGAGUGUCUGAAAUCACUUGCGUUCAGCUCAACAGCCGAUUUUUCUGGCAGCCGGACCCACCCACCUGCAUCGCUACCUGCGGGGGCAAUGUGACAGGGCCUGCUGGGGUAAUUCUAUCACCCAACUAUCCCCAACCCUACCCACCAGGAAAAGAGUGUGACUGGCGGAUAAAAGUCAACCCUGACUUUGUCAUCGCUUUAAUCUUCAAAAGUUUUAACAUGGAGCCCAGCUAUGACUUCCUCCAUAUCUAUGAGGGUGAGGACUCCAACGGACCCCUGAUCAUCAGUCUGCAGGGCAACCAGGUUCCUGAGCGCAUCGAAAGCAGUGGAAACAGCCUUUUUCUGGCCUUCCGCAGUGAUGCCUCCCUGGGGAUGUCUGGUUUUGCUAUCGAAUAUAAAGAAAAGCCACGAGAAGCAUGCUUUGACCCUGGGAACAUAAUGAACGGAACUAGACUGGGGAUGGACUACAAGUUGGGAUCAACUGUAACAUAUCAGUGUGAUUCUGGGUACACCAUUGCAGGACCACCCACUCUCACCUGCAUCAUGGGGGCUGAUGGGAAACCUGUAUGGGACAAAGCUCUGCCUACGUGUAAAGCACCAUGCGGUGGGCAGUACACUGGAUCAGAGGGAGUGGUAGUAUCCCCAAAUUACCCUCUCAACUACACGACAGGCCAGACCUGCUCCUACCACAUCACAGUGUCUGGAGAAUUUGUGGUGUUUGGGCAAUUUGCCUAUUUCCAGACAGCCAUGAAUGACUCCGUUGAGCUAUUUGAUGGGCCCAAUCAGAAUUCUAGGCUGCUAAGCUCCCUGGCUGGGUCUCAUUCCGGAGAAACGUUGCCCUUGGCCACCUCAAACCAAAUCAUGCUGAGAUUCAGCGCAAAAAGUGGCCCGUCCGCCAAAGGUUUCCAUUUUGUUUACCAAGCGGUUCCACGCACCAGUGAUACACAGUGCAGCUCCAUCCCAGAGCCCAGAUACGGCAGGCGGAUCGGGUCCGAUUUCUCAGCUGGCUCCAUUGUUCGUUUCGAGUGCAACCCUGGAUACCUUCUCCAGGGAUCCAAAGCCAUCAAGUGUCACGCGGUUCCUAACGCUCUGGCGCAGUGGAAUGACACCAUCCCGAAUUGUAUAGUCCCAUGCAGUGGGAAUCUGACAGAAAGGAGAGGUACCAUCCUCUCCCCCGGGUUCCCGGAGCCUUAUGGGAACAGCCUGAACUGUGUGUGGAAAAUCAUUGUUACCGAAGGAGCUGGUAUCCAGAUCCAAGUCAUGAGCUUUGCCACCGAGCAUAACUGGGACUCGUUAGAAAUCUAUGACGGUGGAGAUAUGGCAGCUCCAAAGCUCGGGAGCUUUUCAGGUACAACAGCUCCAGCCUUGUUGAACAGCACCUCCAACCAGCUUUACCUGCACUUCCAUACAGAUAUCAGUGUCGUCGCGGCUGGAUUUCACCUUGAGUACAAAACCGUGGGACUGACGACCUGCCCGGAGCCCGUGAUCCCGGCCAAUGGCAUCAAGAACGGCGACAGGUACAUGGUGAACGAGGUUGUGUCGUUCAGCUGUGAGCCGGGGUAUGUGCUUCAGGGACAUUCUCACAUAACGUGUAUGCCGGGAACCGUGCGUCGCUGGAACUACCCCCCUCCGCUCUGUAUCGCGAAGUGCGGCGGAACCCUGUACGAUAUGAGCAAUGUGGUCCUGAGCCCGGGUUUCCCUGGGAACUACCCUGGAAACUUGGACUGCACCUGGAGAAUCGUGCUUCCUGUUGGAUACGGGGCACACAUCCAAUUUCUCAACUUCACCUCUGAGGAUAACCACGAUUUUUUAGAGGUUCGCAAUGGGCCGCACCACAGCAGCUCUCUGAUUGGACAGUUCAGCGGAAGCCAAGUGCCGCCCCCUAUACUGAGCAGCACUCACGAAACCGUCAUCCACUUCUACAGCGACCACUCCGAGAACAGACAGGGCUUCAAACUCACUUAUCAAGCAUAUGAAUUACAAAACUGUCAAGACCCAUAUCCAUUCCACAACGGGUAUAUCAUCAACAGCGAUUUCAACGCAGGCCAAUCCAUAACAUUUGAAUGCUUCCCGGGAUACGUGUUAGUCGGCUACCCUGUGCUAACAUGCCAGCACGGCAUCAACAGGAAGUGGAACCACCCCUUUCCUCGCUGUGAAGCUCCCUGUGGCUACAACGUGACGGCUCCAAACGGCACCAUUUUCUCUCCAGAGUACCCAAAUGAGUACCCAGACUCUCAGGACUGCACUUGGCUCAUCACCGUGCCCCAUGGUCAUGGGGUUUACAUCAACUUCACCCUGCUCCAAACUGAGCCUGUGACUGACUAUAUCGCUGUCUGGGACGGCCCAGAGCAAAGCUACCCGCAGCUGGGAAUUUUCAGCGGCAACACAGCCCUCGAGUCAGCCUACAGCACUCUCAAUCAGGUUCUUAUCAAGUUCCACAGCGACUUCUCAACAAGUGGAUUCUUUGUCCUUAAUUUCCAUGCUUAUCGACUCAAGAAAUGCCCUCCUCCCCCUACGGUUGAACAAGCAGAGAUAUUAUUUGAAGACCAGGACUAUGAAAUUGGUGACAUUGUGAGGUAUCGAUGCUUUCCUGGAUUUACAUUGGCUGGCAGCGAUGAGCUCACCUGUAAACUGAAUUCUCACCUGCAGUUUGAAGGUCCACCACCAGUGUGUGAAGCUCAGUGUCCUGCAAAUGAGGAACGGUCUGCCUCCUCUGGUGUGAUCCUGAGUCCAGGAUUCCCAAAAAACUACCCCAACUCCCAGACCUGCUCCUGGAUCAUCAGAGUGCAGCCUGCUUUCACCAUCGCCAUUUAUGUGGAAAUGUUCCAGAGCGAGAAGCAGUUUGACGAACUGGAGAUCUUUGAUGGGCCAUCUGGACAGAGUCCGUUGCUGGUGGCUUUGAGUGGGAACCACUCCACACAAUUGAAUUUCACUAGCAAAACAAACCAGCUUUACCUCAGAUGGUCAACUGAUCAUGCGACCAGCAAGAAAGGCUUCAAAAUACGCUACACAGCUGCGUACUGCAGUGUGAACGAUCCACCCAAGAAUGGAGGAGUCAUCAAUAGGGCGAGAGAUCGGCCAGGCAGCAGGCUCCAGUAUUACUGCAACGCUGGCUACAGGCUCGUGGGUCACAGAAAUGCUACAUGCAUACUUCAUCCCAGUGGGCUUUACCAGUGGGACAAUCCGGCCCCACUGUGCCAAGCUGUGUCUUGCGGAGCACCAGAGUCUCCUGCUAAUGGGUCGUUCCACGGCUUCCAAUACACAGUGGGCAGUGAGGUGCAGUACCAAUGCGAGGAGGGCUAUAAGCCUGACGCGAGCAGCCUGCUCACCGCCGUCUGCCUGGAGGAUGGCACCUGGAGCAACGUGGCACAUCCUACCCGCUGUUUACCGGUUCAGUGCCCUAACAUUGAGAGCAUGCUCUCAGAACACAUGGUGUGGCGUCUCAUCUCGGGCUCGCUGAAUGAGUUCGGCGCACGAAUAAUGCUGAGCUGCUCCCCGGGCUACUAUCUGAUGGGCAGGAGGACCAUCACAUGCUUAGCUAAUGCAACAUGGGAAUGGCUGGAGGAGAAGUCUACCUGCAAGAUCAUUUCCUGUGGGGAGCUUCCAUCCCCUCCUAAUGGCAAGAAGAUGGGCACCCUGACUACCUAUGGCGCCACAGCUAUCUUCAUGUGUAACACAGGGUACACUUUAGUGGGCUCGCACGUGAGGGAGUGUCAGGCUAACGGUCUCUGGAGGGGAGAUGAGACCAAAUGUCUGGCUGGUCAUUGUGAUUCUCCGGAUCCGAUUGUUAACGGCCACAUCAGUGGUGAUGGAUCUAGUUAUAGGGACACAGUCGUUUAUCAGUGCAACCUGGGCUUUCGACUCAUAGGGACGUCAGUUCGUAUCUGCCAACAAGACCACAGAUGGUCAGGCCAAGCACCCGUGUGUGUUCCCAUAACCUGCGGCCAUCCUGGAAACCCUGCAAACGGUCGGACAAACGGCAGCGAGUUUAAUCUCAACGACGUGGUCAACUUCACCUGCAACACAGGCUAUUUGUUGCACGGUGCAUCCAGAGCGCAGUGUCGCAUGAACGGACAGUGGAGCAACCCUCUACCUGUGUGCAAGGUGGUAAACUGCUCUGAUCCGGGCUUUGUGGAGAACACCAUUCGUCACUCUCAACAGCGCUACCCUGAGAGCUUCAACUACAGAAACACCGUGAUGUAUCACUGCAAGAGGGGCUUCUAUCUGCUCGGCUCCUCCGUCCUCACCUGCCAGUCAAAUGGCUUCUGGGACAGAUCACUUCCUAAGUGCCUUCCAAUAUCCUGCAGUGAUCCCGGCACACCGCCGUUUGCUGUCAUGUCGGGCCAGAAGUUCACCACCAGAGCAGUGGUCCAUUACUCCUGUGAUAAUCCGGGAUUCUGUGGCGAUCCGGGAAUUCCUCCUCAUGGUUCUCGUCUUGGGGAGGAGUUCAGGCAUAAAAGCCUCCUACGGUUCACGUGCGAAGCGGGCUACGCACUGAUCGGAUCUUCCGAGCGCACAUGUCUGCAGAACGGCUCCUGGAGCAGAACCCAGCCCGUGUGUGAAGCUGUAUCCUGUGGAAACCCUGGAACGCCGGCCUACGCCAGGAUCGUUUUCAGCGACGGUAUGCUGUUUCCUAGCUCAGUGACGUACGCCUGCUGGGAGGGCUACAAGACCUCUGGCCUCACCACUCGCCAUUGCACCACCAAUGGCACCUGGACCGGCUCAGCACCAGAUUGCAUUGUUACCAGCUGCGGGGAUCCUGGUCCAAUUGCCAAUGGAAUAUACAUUGGAAAUGAGUUCAUAUUUAACAAUACCGUCCACUAUCGCUGUAACCCUGGGUAUGUGAUGGAGCCCCCUGGUUCAUCUACUCUACGCUGCAGCAAAGAUGGCACUUGGAAUCAGACCAAACCAAGCUGCAGAGUCAUCAUGUGUGGCCAGCCUCCAGCUAUUCGCAAUGGGCGAGUGGAGGGCUCAGACCUGCAGUGGGGUUCUAGUGUUACCUACAGCUGCUUUGAAGGAUACCAGUUGUCCUCUCCUGGAAUAGCCACAUGUGAAGGGAACGGCUCAUGGCGUGGUGAAAUCCCACAGUGUCUGCCAGUGUUAUGUGGAGAUCCAGGCACCCCUGCAGAGGGCUUCAUAGAGGGCCGGCAGUUCACCUUCAAAUCAGAGGUGUCAUUCUACUGCAGACCUCCAUUCCUGCUGGUGGGCUCCUCAAGAAGAGUUUGUGAGGCAGACGGUUCAUGGAGUGGAAUACAGCCUUCUUGCAUUGCACAUGCCUGUAGGCAGCCUGAGACGCCAUCCCAUCUAGACGUGAAGGCUAUAGACCUGCCUACUCUAGGUUACACACUCAUGUAUACAUGCCAGAAUGGUUUCUACCUAUCUGGAGGAUCAGAGCACAGGACCUGCAAAGCAGAUGGGAGGUGGUCAGGCAAACCUCCAGUCUGCAAAGUUGGACCAAAAAUAAACAGCAAAUCAAAUGAGGAUCCAGACCUGCAGAAAAACAAGAUUCGUGUUCCUGCAGAUGUGUUCUCUUUGAACUCUGGUUGGGCUGGAUUCUAUGAGUAUCUGGGAAAGAGACAGGCUGCCACAGUAACAGUCAAUGCAUUCAAUGCCACCACCAGCCGGGUCAACGUCACUCUUCUGGAGCAGAGCGGGGUACACAUUAAACUCUCUGGAACUUACAAGAAAGAAGAAAAUCAUCUAUUAUUAAAAGUUUACCAGAUAAGAGGCCCAACAGAACAAUAUUUUAGCAAAUUCAAAAAUGAUAACUGGGCAAUGGAUGGAUAUGUGAGUAGCACAAAAGUUUUAUAUUAUAUUAUUACAGCAGAAACGGAGAAAAAAAUGUUUGUUUACCAAGGGCACAUUCAUAGCAAGGACUUUGGGAAGUUUCAGUUAACAAGACAAGGUCUUAUUACCACAGAUAUGGAUCCGUCUAAUCCCUACUACGGCACAAACAGCAGUUCUGUGGCAGCUGCCAUUCUAGUGCCCUUCUUUGCGCUUAUUUUAUCAGGGUUUGCCUUUUACCUCUACAAACACAGAACAAGACCAAAAGUUCAGUACAACGGAUAUGCAGGCCACGAGAACACUAAUGGACAAGCUUCAUUUGAGAAUCCCAUGUACGAUACAAACAUGAAGCCAACAGAGGCAAAGGCUGUGAGGUUUGAUACGACCCUAAAUACAGUCUGCACAGUAGUAUAGCCUUCAUUAUCAGCUCUGGACCGACCUGCCUCAUGG